AUGGAUGCAGCCGUUCCGAAAGUUCGAACCGAAGGCGAACCUGCUGUUGCGGGGGAAUUAGGGAAAAAUGUUGAUCAGAUCAUCGUGAAGGUUGAUGAGAGAACAGCGCCCACAAUCAUAAAAAUGUACGUGCACAAAAAGGAGCGAGGGAAAACUAUAGCACAGAAAUAUAUAUAUAACUCACUCACCACAAUCUUGUUGAUUUUUGACGGGGGAGACGGCACCUUUGGUCCUCCAGUCAACAGAAUCAGGCAGAACAUCAUCGGAAACGGAAAGAAGAGAGUUUUGCUGCUCUUACAGUCCCCCUCACUGCAAGUUUCCCAAAGCCAAUUUCAACGUGAGAGCAUUCAGGAGAUUCCACUAAGCAUACAUCAAUACAAGUUGCUUACACCAUCAGUUCUGAUUGGUCGAUUGGUUAAUGCCCACCAACAUCUCCUGGCACUCAGGAUAUCAGAUUAUCUUAGAAUGAACCAAGAAGUGGUUAUCAUGCACUGGGCUUGUUCAAAGCUCACAGUAUCAUCAGCAGUUCCUGAUGCUACUCUCCUUGAAAUUUUACUUGAUAAGUUAAAAUUGUGCAGAAGCAUUUCUUAUGCUGCAGUUGCUGCUCAUGCAGAUCAGACUAGCAUGAGGAAAUUAGCCGCUAUGCUUGUUGAACAUGAACCUCUAUCCUCAAAGCAGGUUGCUCUGUUACUAGGCAUUGGGGAAGAAGAUACAACCCUGACUAAAGCAACUGAAAGUGGUGAUACUAAUCUUUUUUAG